UUGUAAGGUAUCGUGAAGUGUAACUACCUAAUACCUAUUGCUAUUUGUUUUUAAAUCAUUGGACCGGUUUUUUUUUCUGCAAUCAUUAUGUAUUGAUGUGUGUGAUGCCUUGACGCUUUUGUGUUUAGGCCUAUUGCCUAUAGAGAAUACACUGGCAGUGUACACUGCUCACUACUCCGUAGUCUAUGCAACACGUGUUUGUUUUUCAAGUUGAAAUUUUUUUUCAAUUAAAAACUGAUUUUUAAAUUUUUAAGUUGAAACAUGGAUAUCGAUCGUCGUUCUAUAAUUAUUAAUCUCUAUGAUAUAAACGCAUUGAAAUUUGGCACAUUUAAAUUAAAAUCAGGUGAAUUGUCGAAAUAUUAUUUGGAUUUAAGAAUCAUUGUGUCGUACCCAAAAAUUCUAAAACAAGUUUGUUCACUAGUAUCAACUACUGUUCUCGAAAAUAAUGCAGACUCUAAAAAUCAAGUGCGUCUAUGUGGUGUGCCUUAUACAGCUUUACCUAUAGCUACUGUAGUAUCUAUAGAUACCAAUUUACCAAUGUUAAUUCGCAGAAAAGAACAGAAAACUUAUGGUACAAAAAAAUUAAUUGAUGGUGAAUAUUCUUGUGGUGACGAUGUAAUUGUCAUUGAAGAUGUAAUUACAAGUGGUGCUAGUAUAUUAGAAACUGUAAUUGAUUUGGAGAAAAGCAAUUUAAAUGUAUCAAAUGUUAUUGUUUUAGUAGAUAGGCAACAAGGAGGAAUGCAAUGUUUAAGUAAAAGAGGACUAAAGAUCAAAAGUUUGUUCAACAUUACAGAAAUUGUAACAGUACUUAAAGAAGGAGGAAAAAUAAGCGAUGAAGUAUAUCAAAGUGUUUUAGAUUAUGUUAUAAAUAAUCAAAUUCAACAUGUAAAAGAAUGUGAAAAACCAUUGAGAAUAAAACUAGAAUUUAAAGAAAGAGCUAAAUUAUCAGAAACUUCUAAAAUAGCUCAAAAAAUCUUUAAGUUAAGCAUUGAAAAGAAAAGUAACUUAUGUGUAGCUGUUGAUGUUGAUACUGCUGACAAACUCUUAGACAUUGCUGAAAAAAUAGCACCGCACAUUUGUAUUUUAAAAACUCAUAUUGAUGCAAUUAGUGGUGUCACAGAUGCUACUAUCAAUACUUUACAACUCUUAGCCAAACAGUACAACUUCCUUAUUAUGGAAGAUAGAAAAAUGGCAGAUAUUGGUAAUACUGUUAAAUUGCAAUACAAAAAAUUAGUACAUUGGGCAGAUCUAGUAACAGUACAUAGUGUUUCUGGUGGAAUGAUGUUAAAAGGCAUUCGUGAAGUGAUAAAUGAAGAUGCAGACUUAUUAGAUAGCCGAGGUUUGUUUAUUGUUGCCGAAUUAAGUUGCAAUGGAAAUUUAAUAUCAGAACAAUACAUUAAAGAGACUGUGAAGAUAGCUGAAGAGUAUAAAGAUAUUGUGGCUGGUCUUGUGUGCCAAUCAUAUGAUGUUAUUUCAUCACCUAGUCUACUUCAACUUACACCCGGUGUAAAUAUUAAAAAUUCCAAUGAUAAUCUUGGCCAACAAUAUCAAAGUCCUAGUGAUAUAAUUUUAACUAAAGGAGCAGAUAUUGCAGUAGUAGGAAGAGGUAUUUAUCAAGAUGACAAUCCUGCUGAAGCAGCCAAAGUAUACAAAGAAUUAUUGUGGAAUACUUAUUUAGAACGUGUAUCAAGUUCUUAAUUAUUCUAUAUAACAAUUAUAUCAAGUUUUUAAUUGAUUAAUAUCAUUAAUUUGAUUAAUUUUUCAUAAAUGUAUACAGCUAUUUUUGCUACCCGUAUUUUUACAAUUCUAUAUUAGGUAUUGAUUUGUAUUGCUUAUAAUUUCAUUGUUAGCUACUAAAAUAUUAAAUGUUAGUUAUGGUAUUACAUAUAUGCAUAUUAUUGUUUAUUGAAUAAAUACCUAAUCAUAUUU